CACUCUCCCAUUCCAUUCCAGGUUUCAUUCCAGAGAAGCCGUGUCCUCGUUUCUGUAUGAAUGUUCCAAGUUUAUUUCAUUUUGCAUUCUUGCUGAGAGGGGUGCAAACACCAUCAUGGGCACGGUGGAUUUUGAGGAAGCAGCAGCUCUCUCUGCCCAGCCUUCCCUUGCUUCAGGCAGCAAGAAAAAGGAACUCUUUGAAUCUCCUUGAACUAAGUGAGGCAGAAUUAGAAGAACAGUUUGUAAGAGGUGAUGGUCCAGGAGGUCAAGCCACAAAUAAGACAAACAACUGUGUUGUCCUGAAGCAUAUUCCAUCUGGGAUUGUAGUGAAGUGUCAUCAGACAAGAUCAAUGGAGAAGAACCGAAAGAUUGCCAGAGAAAUCCUUCAGGAAAAAGUUGACCUUUUCUACAAAGGUGAAGACAGUGAUGUUUUUAAAGAGAAGAAAGCAGUAGAGAAGCAAAAGCAGGAGAAAAAAAGAAGAGCAAAGGAAAACCUAGAAAGGAAAAAGCUUUUCAAAGAGAUGCAGCAAUUGGAUAAGGAAUAAACAUGUGAAAUACUGACUUGCCCUAGCAGGCACCCUCACUAGUUGCCACCAUGUUUUGGCCUUCAACAAAGACCCAAAGCCAGAGCAUGGAUUUUGAAGGCAACAGAAACUUCUAGAACUUCACCUCCUUGUCCCAGAGACCAGCUGUACCCUGUGCCAUGGAUGGAGUGCUCCAGCAAUCUGCAGUCCCCUUCCCUUGUCCUUUCCUAAACUUUUAUCUGUUGACAGUUCUUGCUCCUGGAGUGUGAUUAAAGUGACUGUACAUAGUUUUAAUACAAACUGUUAAUGAAAAUAAGCUUUAUUACGUCAAGUAAUAAAUACAUACAAAGAUGCAAAUAACAGUUUU